GGAAGCGUGCAUAUGCAAAAUUUCAGGCUGAAUACCCGUUAGGUGGAGUACCCCGCUACCCCCACUUCUAGCUUUCGCCUCAGCUUACCUCCUCGACUACUUGCGAUUUUGAACGGAUAGGAAAUCAGUGAGCUGAAGCGCUAGUGGUGAUAGCAUUGAACAGUUGAUUGUGCCUCUGUGACGCAUGUCUGAUAAUUCUCUCACGGAUAAGUGAGUCUUGCCAAAGAAACAGUGUAAAGCAGUCUGGGAAUUUCUCCGCCACCGAACACUCCCUGAACCUCCGCUACAGUGUUCAACAAAUUGGCAAUUGAAGAUGGCUCCUCUCCCACAGAUUGUCCUCUUUGGGGACAGCAUCACACAGGGUGCAAGCGAUCAAUCAAUGGGAUUUGGAAUGGCCGCAGAGCUCCAAGCAGCAUAUGUGAGAAGAUUCGAUGUCAUAAAUCGUGGAUAUUCGGGCUACAACACCAAUCAUGCUGUCGAGAUCAUCACUCGUGCUCUUCCAACCCCGGAACAAGCUUCAAUGAAGUUCCUGACAAUUUGGUUCGGUGCGAAUGACCCCAACAAGAACCCCACGCAAGGGCAAUUCGUCCCUCCUGAACAAUUUAAAUCCAACUUACUUGCCAUCAUCAACCACGCAGCCGUGAAAGCGCACUCGCCCAACAUUAUCUUGAUCACUCCACCGCCGUUCGAAGAAUCGCUUCUUGUUGAGCUCCAGAAGUUGUGGGGUGCAACUGGCGAAACGAGAAAGGCAAAAGAUGCUCAAGAGUAUGCCGAGAUAGUGAAGCAGGUUGGCAAAGAAACUAAUCUUCCAGUGGUUGAUGCAUGGGGUUUGUGUAUGGAGAAAGCUGGAUGGAAAGGAGAAAGUGGUGAAGUUUUGCCGGGUGGCGAUGCGGAAGUGAGGAAUGCUGUCCUUGCUGAACUGCUACAUGACGGCCUCCAUCUUAGCCCAUCCGGCUACAAAAUUGUUUUCGAUGGCUUGAUUGCAGUGUUGAGGAAGCAUUGGCCAGAGCUACCACCAUACAAGAUGCCGUUCACGGAGAAGGUGCCGUGGGAGAUUGAGUUGGGUGACCAAAUGUGGGAUGUAAACAAUGACAAGUAAGAUUUCGCUAAAUCUUGCUAGACGAUAGAGAUAUAGACUUUCCUUAAGUUGUCAAACCAUAUAGCGUUACAAAGUAGACUAUGCAUAUGUGAACACAGCUCCAGCUUCACAAAUAUCAUUCG